GCCAAUUCUUCUCUUAUAAAUUGAGUUGCCUUAGAUUGCCCUCGCAGAAGUAGGCACUUGGAUCAUCUCUUCGAUUGAACCUUCCUGUCUCUCUUUCAUCAACCGGUGGAUCAUCACGUCCGUUCAUCCGGCGGCAUAGAAAGGAUAUCAGAAGAUCACGAGCGGUAAGCCAAUAUGGAAGGAAAGCAUGAGAACAAAGAAAAGGAAAAUCAAGAGCCACAUAAGAAGGAAAAAGUGAAGAGCCCGAAAAAGGAUAAGGAGCACGACAACGAAUCUAAGGAAGGGGCACCGAAGAAGGAGAAGGACAAGAAGAACAAGGAAGCACAGCUUGAUGAAAAUGGCAAUGCAGUGGAGAAAGAAAAGAAAGGCGACAAGAAGAAGAAGAAAGACAAGGAAGGAGCAAAAGGAAAGCUGACAGACGCAGCCAAGAUCAAGCAAAAGAUAGAGAAGAUAGACGCGAAGCUGGCCAUGCUGGUGGAGAAGAAGGCUGAGAUGAUGAGGAUGCUUAAGGAUGCAGAAGAUCAGUGCAACAGCCAAGCCACCAAGUCAGAUUCAUCAACCGUAACUUCCGUAUAAGUUUCCGCGUUUGAUACAAAAUAUGUGUUUGGACAUGAGGCUUUUCUUGUAUAAAUAAGAAAUUAACUAGAACUUAGGAAAAGAUCAUGUAAAAGGUUGGAGCUUACCACAUACCUAUAUAGACUAAAGUAAAUGCGUGAAUCAUGUAUAAUGAUUAAGAGUUGUUCGAUUAA